AGCUGGCUGGGGAACUCCUGGGGGAAGUGGAGGCAGCGGGGGCCGAGGCCGGGGGUCUCAUGGUCACUGGAGCGUGGAGUGUGAACUUGGGGGGUGAGUGGUCAGGGUUGGGAAGACAGGGAAGGGGAUGGGAGGUGGGGGGGGCCCUGCCAAAACACCACCAAGUCUCCCACCCGUGGGGGAAGGUGCCUGGCCCCGGCCACGCCCCCAAACAGAGCAGCCACGGGACUCACUGGGGACAGAGGGUGGUGCUGGGCCCGGGGCUUUAGAACCUUGGCCCCCAUCACAAUGGGCCGAGGUUCCGGGGACAAUUUGAACUGUUGUCCUGCUGAGCAGGCCCAGCACAGGGAGGGUGGAGGCCGGGGCCUGCGGCCACGAUGAAGAUGUGGAGCGAAGGGGGGGACGUGGAGGAGCAGAUCCAGGAGCUGAAGACCAUCACGCAGCUCCAGGGUGAGCCCCUCACACCCGCACCACGUCCGGGGCCUGCGUGCAGGAGCUCAGGGCUUCGUUUUGUUUUCAAUCCUCACCCGAGGGCAGUCAUCCGCCAGUUGGAGAACAACAUCGAGAAGACAACCAUCAAGAUCACCACGAGCCAGAACAUCCACCUGCUGUACUUGGGGCUGCUGGAUUACCUGAAGAAAGAGCUGUCAGGAUACCCCACCCAGCUGGACAAGCUGCAGAACCUGAUGGCUGACUACUGCUCGGAGCUGUCGGACAUGACAGUCAUGUCCCAAGAUGCCAUGAUGAUUACGGAUGAGGUCAAGAUGAACUUGCGGCAGAAGGAGGCGACCUUCAUCGAGGAGCGCCGGGCCCGGGAGAACAGGCUGAACCAGCAGAAGAAGAUGAUCGACAAGAUCCACACCAAGGAGACCAGCGAGAAGUACCGCCGGGGCCGAAGGGACUUGGACUUCCCCACCAAUCUGAUGAGUGCGGAGAGCCUGAAAGUGAGGAAAAAGGAGGCCUCCCAGGCCGAGGUCGAAUACCAGACGAAUCUGACUGCUUUGCUGGAGAAAAUCAAGACUGCUGUGCGGUGCUCCCACCUCUGGGACAUCACAGGCCAGUUCCUGGCUCAGAGGAACACGGAGGACAACCUGCAGCUGCAGAUGAUGGAGUGUGAGGAGAGGCGGACGCAGCUGGGGGCCUUGAUGAGGAAGCUGGAGAUGGAGGAGGCGCUGCUGAAGUUCCACCAGACGUCCAGCUCCGACAGCUCCGAGUCCGUCCAGCAGAAAAUGCAGGACCGGCUGAAGGAGGAGCAAGAGAGGCUGCAGCUGGCCCACACGAACAUGACCAAGAGCCAAAAGCUGCUGCUCACCCUGCAGAUGGGCAUCGACAACCUGUACCUCCGGCUGGUCGGCAUCGCUCUGCCCACGGCCCAGAGGACGGCCACCCCCGACAGCCUGGACGGCCUGGACUUGCACAGCAAGCUGGCGUACUGCGAGAGGAAGCUCCUGCACCUGGUUGACAAACUGCAGGCGCUGUCCACUACUGAGGAGGACAACACGAAGGUGAGGGACGCCCUGGAGUCCUCGACUCUGAAGGAGAAGCAGAACACGAGGAUCACCUUCGAGGAGCUGGAGGACGACAUGAUAGAAACCUUCCACUUCGCCGACGUGGACCAUAGCUACGUGCCCUCGCGGGCCGAGAUCAAGAAGCAGUCCCAGCGCGUGAUCGAGGAGAAGUUCAAGACGGCCAAGAAGAAUAAAAAGUGACCCGGGGGCCCU